AUGUCGCGUGUGUACGUUGGUAAUUUGGAUCCAAGAGUCACUGAGCGUGAGCUCGAGGAUGAGUUUCGCGUCUAUGGAGUGAUCAGAAGUGUUUGGGUCGCUAGAAGACCACCAGGUUACGCUUUUCUCGAUUUUGAAGACUCGAGGGAUGCUCGUGACGCCAUUCGUGAUUUAGAUGGCAAGAAUGGAUGGAGGGUAGAGCAGUCUCACAACCGAGGUGGUGCUGGAGGCCGUGGAGGAGGCGGUGGUGGCCGCGGAGGAGGUGAUGGUGGUCGUGGGCGUGGUGGUUCUGAUUUGAAGUGCUAUGAGUGUGGUGAGUCUGGUCACUUUGCACGUGAAUGCCGUUCUCGUGGUGGCUCGGGUAGGCGUCGCAGCCGUAGCAGGAGUCGCAGUCCUCCAAGAUACAGAAAGAGCCCAACUUAUGGAGGCCGGAGGAGUUACAGCCCUCGUGCAAGGUCUCCUCCUCCUCCACCAAGACGUCGCAGUCCUUCUCCUCCUCCUCGUGGUCGCAACUACAGUAGGUCACCACCACCUUAUAGAGGACGUGAUGAGGUGCCAUAUGCUAAUGGAAAUGGUCUGAAAGACGUGCGCCGAAGCCGGAGCUGA